GACGCGGUGCUGCGUGUGUUUGUGAUGUCAAAUCAAUUUUUACAAGUAUUUUCCUCUUUCUGUUCAAGAUUUUUGUUCAUUAGUACGUUAGGUUCAUUUUGUAUUAUUCAUUAAUUAAUUAUUAUGCUAGGAUAAUAUCCAAAAGAAAUAUUAAAAUGGACUUUCUUAAUCAUGAAAAUGCAGACACUAUUAGCAUCGACACUCUGGCUCUGGAAGAAAUCGUCAAAGAAGAAAGAAAUAGAGAAAUCUCUGAACUUAAUUCAUUGAGCAAAAAAGUAUGCAACUUACACACGAGCGUACUUUACUAUCGUAAUCCAAAGACAAAAACGGGAUCAGUAUGCUAUGAGGCUUGGAGAACUUUGGUGAAAAAAGUAGGAGGCACACCCAGUGGUUGGAGAGAUCUUGGAAGUUCUCUGGGAAUAAAGCAGGAUGACUUAGAUUACAUAAUGAAUUCUGUCCAAGAAGAUCCUGUAGAUGUUAUACUGAAGCUAUAUAGACUUAAUGAAAAAGCAACAUUAGAUAAAAUUGUGGAUUCAUUUGUGAAGAUGAAAAGAUAUGAUAUCCUCAAAGCAUUAGAAGAUCCUCUAUCAAAUCUCUCACAGUGCUUCAACAAAGAUGAUAGUGGAUAUCAUAGUGACAGCAAGAGUAAUGGUCAAAUAGAAAUAAUUUCCUUCAAAAAUCUUCCAAAUGAUUUGCCACCAGCUUUGAACAAGAACUUUAUAGCCACUAAAAACGAUAGAAACAAGCCUAAUAUCCCAAAAUCCAGUACAAAAACUACAGAAAAAGAAACAAAAAAUGAUAAGCCAAUUCUAUUUUUAACUUUUACUGAAGAUGGUUUUCCGACGGCUCUUAAUAUUCAGGAGUAUGUGGACAACUGGGUUGACUUUGAUGAAGUAACAGUUAUCACACUGAAUGAUAGGAAAGAUGAAGUGUAUCAAAAUCCUGAGAAAUUCAUAAGAGAAUAUUUUGAGAAGGCUGACUUCAUAGUUCCAAUUGUAACUCCGGGCUAUCUCCAAGAAAUAAGAUCCAACAAUCCCGCCAUGCCCAAUACAACUGACAAUCUGGACUUCAAAUAUGUAAACUUUAUUUAUUCCCUAAUUGUAAGCCAUUAUAUUCAUGCAACAGGGUGUCUUAACAAAAAAGUUAGGACAGUUCUCCCACAAAAUGUGGACAGACAGGUGUUUGGGCGUAUCAGUAUGUAUCCAGAUCUAAUGCCAUGGACUUAUGAAAAGAAGUUUGAUGAGCAAUUCAAAGCUUUUUUAAAAAUGAAAUACUCCUAAUUUAAAAAAAAUCAAAAUGGUACUUGCCUAUAGAUUUAAGUAAUAAAUAACAGUUUGUCUAUAAUUUUAUGGAUACUGCAGAAUUCUAAGAUGUAUAUUUUUUAACUUUGCAAAUGCUUUAUAUAGAAGUUUCCAUUUAAUACAGGCAAACAAUAAGGUCAAAAUGUAUAAGUCAACCAACAUGUACCUGAAACCAUGUGGCAGUUGAAUAAAUUAAUUUUGUAUGUAAUAAAACAA